AUUUAAUUUGAGGGAUUUCCGUUGUGACGUUUGCGGGCAGUGCAGUUCAUCUUGCCGUCAAUAAACCUUUUCGACGUUCGCAAUGCAUUGUGGGUUUGGAUUACAAACGUGCAAUGCAUUUUCUGCACAAUUCUAUUGGGAGAAGUGUACCUGAAAAUGUUAAUCUGUUUCCAUUUUAUGUCAUACUUCAAUUCAAGCCACCCCCUUCUGACAAAUUGUUGGAUUAUUGAUUUGGGACGAAGAUAUUCACAAACUUCAAAGUUUAAAGCUUGUCUGAGAAGGAAAAUUUGGAGAAGCCCUUCCAACAACACACUGUUUGUCAUGGACCGUGCUUUGAUUACUUCGUGAAUAUUAAUGUUCUAGUGUUGUCCAAUCCCGCGUUGACCAGUCACAUUCAUUUUCAGCCUGUAGCAUGACUGGUGCCCUUAAAAAGGGCAAUUAAGGUUGAUUUGUUCUUACAAACAUUUGGAAACGUAUUUGAAAAUGUUUGUUGUCUAAUCUGAUACAUGGUGUAUAUGUGAGUUGAUGAGCAGAUACAUAAAAAAUAUUUAAUAGGAAACUGUAUAGAUGUAUUGAUGUUUGACUGGUUUACUUCCCCUUAGGGUUGUCCAUAAAAUGCAUUGCUUGUUUGUCAUCCAUAUCCAUAAUGAAUUGUGAACGUCGAAAAGGUUUAUGAAGACCAAGGCCUCCCCCUAGGGCCAAGGCCUGCCUUACGUCAGGCAUGGACCGAAGGUUUAUGUUUAUACUAUAGGUCUACAACCUUGUUCAGACCCUAAGUGCUGAUUCGGCAAAGAAGUUGCAGAUGAAGUUCAGACCGGAUGACCCUUUCUGCCGCUCCCUGUACGCCAGCAAACAGCCAGCAACCAGCAUCCUGCUCAGAGUCAAGAAAAGAUAUAAGAAACAAGCUGGCAGUGGCAGUGUGGAGAUGGAGUCUGAUAGUCAGGGAGAUGAUUUGGAAGAUGAAGGCAAAAAAGUUGUACAGGAGCAAGCAGGGUACCAGACGGAACUUGUUGGAGUCAUUGACAAUGUUUAUCAAUUUAAAGGAAUGUGUGACUUCCAGUACCUGCCCAUGCAACGGAAUGAGGAAACAGGUCGUAUGGAGUCUCUAAUAGAGAAGGUCAUCCCCACCAAACCAGAAGACGCCAGCUUUCUUAAGCAGGACGUGCCUCUCUUCAUGCUGCCUCCUGUGUUCUCUCGCACGGACCAAGCCUCCACCCAUCAUUACCACCCUGAUGUUGUGCCUUCCAUGGAGAGCUUGUCCUAUAUGGUUGGCAAAAGACUGGACAAGAACAUUGUGGGCAGUGGGCGAGCACGGCGGCCCCACAACACUUACCUGGUGUCCUUUGAGCAGGACAGUGUACCCAUGGCUCCCCACCCAGAUGCCAUGCUGGUUUUUGAGAAGGGCAAGGAGAGAGACAACAGUGUAGGGCUGUUGAGGGAUGAACUCGUUCAGAUUUUUACUAAACGCCCAGUGUGGUCACGCGGUGCCCUGAGACACAACUGCACCCUUACUGAUCGUCAGCUGAGUGUUCUGCUGCCAUCUGUAUCCUAUUACUUCUGCAAUGGACCGUGGAGGGCCACGUGGGUUCGUCUGGGCUAUGACCCCCGCACUGCACGGGAUGGCUUGAAAUACCAGAUUUUGGACUUCCGGAUACGGAAAUCUUUGUAUAGGAACAAAUUAGUGAUGCCUGCAGAUGACCAAGACCGCUUCAGGAACACUUCCACCCGUCGGAGUAUGCCGGCUUCUUUCCAGAAGCCAGAUAAGAAGUUGUCUACCUAUGUCAGACCCCCCAAGAGCAAGGUUUUGCAAAGAGAAAACAGGAAAGCACUUGAAAAGGAAGCCUACUUUAUUUUCAGGGAAGGCUUGGUGCCGGCCUACAACCAGAUGUUCUAUCAGUUAUGCGACAUCGAUGAUGAAGGCGUCCAGGCCAUGAUAAGGGCCAAGAGCAACUCGGCGGGGAUCAGACAACCGGUCAGGUAUUUAGAGCAAGAGGUCCUGGAUCAGAUGAGGUCUGCCAUGAAUGAGAUACUGAAGAGAACGCUAGAACAGGAGGUGCUCAAGAGAGGUGUCACAACAGAGGGAGACGAAGAUACUUCAUCCAGGUCAUCAACAUCACAAGCAGAAAAUGUUGGCAUUGAAGGUCCAGAUACAUGUAUGGAUGAUGAUGAGGAGGAGGACAUUGAGGACAGUCCUGAGGACAUAGAUGACAAUGAUAACGAGGAUGGUCCUGAGGACGUAGACGACAAUGAGGACAUGGAGGAGGACGGCCUCAACAUGGAGGAGGAGGAUGAAAGUGAGAACGAGAUGGCCACAGAGCUGUUGGAAUUUUUCUCGGGGACCUCAUGAGGAGAAAGGGUGUAGGACUGGGGACCAGCUGUGUCUCAUCAAGCCACCCACAACCUGUUCUGAGGACAAGCAAAAAAAUUGUCAGUGUCAAAGAUUUUGCUGGGAAAGGGCAGGCAGUUUUUAAAAUUUGCUCGGAAAGGACAGGCAUAUGUUUCAAUCCUAGAUGAAAUCCAGGAGGUUGGUGAGUUUGGAGUGCGAUUCAGCAUCAGUUUGCAUCAGUGGAAAAGUGCCAUCCUCCUGGGAUGUGUUGGGAUGUAGAAUAUGCUGUGGGAUGGUUGUUGUCCGGCUGGCACAGACAAAGACUCUCAAGUAGAUUGACGGUUCUGGUCAAACUGUCUGUUAGGCAUACAGAGGACAUGGCUGCUGUGCCAGCAGCUACAUUUUCCCCCACUGUGCACUAGUUGUGGAACAGGAAACAGUCGCAUUGCUGGUUCAAGAGGCCUCUCUUUCCACACAGGGAACAUUGACAAUAGUGAACCACUGACAUGAAACUAAUUAAAUGAGGUGGCAGAGAUGGACCCAUUGGAAAAUUUGAGUGACGAUGGGAUUUGGCAAAAAUUGUUUAAUUCGAGCCUGUUGAGUAGGAACCACGUUGUGCUUUUGAAUAGACCUGUAACAUAAUGACUUCACACUUUUGUUUCUUAGGACACUUUCCAAUGGAAAUGGGGUGGUACGGAAUCCAUCGAGUCCCCAUAGGAUAGGGCACAAGUAGACAAAGCGUGACAUGAUUAUGCUGUACGCCUAUUGGUAGGAAGCAACUAGACAGUGGAUGAACUUGAUAGCCCACUCUCUACUUAAGCUCUCAGCUACUGGCAAUUAGGAAUCAGCGCCAUAUUUGAGUCCAUCACAAGUCUAUCACAAGACAUCUCGUCUCAAGCCAAGUCACGAGUUGUUUAAAUGAACUGUGACAAAAUUGUGGCUUUGCUAUUGUUUUCACAAUGUUAUGUAUGAUUGGUUGCUUGUGUGAAAGGACUUCUUGUGGACUGGAUUACAGUGACAUGAGGAAAUGUCAUGCUUAUCAAAGUAACAAGUAUAAGGCAGGUCGGCAGGCAUUACAGCCAGUAGGAAUCGUCAACAUCGACUGUCUUGAUGCAUUUGAAAUCUCACUGCCAAUCGGGUGGAGGUCACUUAAGCACAGUCAACAUGAUAACCUGUACUGCAUUGUCAGUACUGCCUUAUACAAUUAACAGAAGAUUACAAUAUGUAUGUAACUUAUUAAAAAUAAACUUACAUGUACUACCAAAAAGAUGUGCAGGAUGUUUUGUUGAACUCACAAUUUGCAAGGCUUCAGUUACUCAUCCCAGCUUCAGUUGUGCUUCGAGCAGAAUACAAAAAUACUUUACCUUCCUGUGUACAAUUAGUCUCAUUGGGUAAUAACAUGUAAUAGAUAGCAAUAUCUAUGAAUGAAUUCUGGCACGAAAUUGUGCAUAAUAGCCCUAGUUUGUGUUUGUAGAUUAUAUUUCGCCCUACUCGUCAAGACUCACUUUGUAUUAUUGCAUUACAUAAUACAGUCUGAUCCACCUUUUUAGUAAAAAUGGAAUAUUCCCUCAUAGACAAAAAUGCAAAUGAGCCCCACCUACCUUCAGCCCCACCUUCAGCCCAAUAAACACGCCCAAAACCCACU